AGAGAGAGAGCGCGCAGGAAGGUCUGCAGAAGCCAAGAGAACAACUUGUAGACUCUGGACGUACAACGCUCAUUCCUACAAUGGAGGAUGCAGAGCAAGGUUCCCAGCAGCAUCCGGACUCGGUCCCAGAAGUGGGAGAAGAUGCAGUGACGUCUGUCGGCCCCCCUCCCCCUCCCCCCGCCAUGACGGAGGAGGAGCACCAGGAGCUACAGGAAGAGUUGUUCAAGGUUGAGGACGAGAUCCUGACUCUGUCACAGGUGCUGGCAGCCAAGGAGAAGCAGCUGGCGGACAUCAAGGGGAAGCUGGGCAUCACACCUCUCAACGAGCUGAAACAGAACUUCACCAAAACCUGGCAGGACGUCACCACCUCCACCGUCUACAGGAGGACGUCUGAAACAUUGUCUCAGGCAGGUCUGAAGGCCACAGCAGCGUUCUCCAACGUGGGCUCGGCCAUCACCCGGAAGCUGGAGGAUGUCAGCACACGCUCAUUACAACACUCGGCUAGUAUGCCUGUCAUGAGGAAUGCACCAACUUUCAAGUCCUUUGAGGAGAAAGUGGAGACUUUGAAGACCAAGAUGACUCCAUCAGCGUCCACCGGGGACCCCGACCAGCAGGACAGCGACGGCCCCGCCACCGACACUUUGAUCAGUCAGCCCGAUGGCUCGGCCACCCGGGACACACCGAUGAACUGAGACCUCCUGACCCCCUCCCCAUCACUUGACCCUAUCUAACCCCCGAACCGUAAACACUCUCCCCCUAAACUCUUGUGUGCCAGUCUUCCUUUACUUGAACAACAAGUGACUUCCCACAGCUCGUGAUCUAAUUGUCUGGUCUUUUUGUCCGACACGUGCGCUCACUUGUUGACUGGUGUGGAAACUGAAAGCAUGGGAUGGCUGCA